GUAUGACAUUACAGAAGUGUAAUGUAGCAGAGAGAAGCCUUAGAGGCCUUCUACAAUAAGAUAUUAGUAAUAAAUCAGAAGUCAGAAGCAAGUUUUAGCGAGUCAGUAGUGCGUUAUAAGACAAGAAUAAGUCAGUAGUCAGUGACUGAGUGGAGAUGGCCAAAUUCCAUCUUUUCCGAGUUAGAACUUAAAAUCACGUUGUGACUAACCAAUCGAAAGCAAUAUUGUGUCUGCCAUUUUUAACAAGAGACCCGAGCUCGUAUAACCUAUAAAAUCUGCCGUAAACUGUGUCAAAGUAGAAAAUGGAAUUAUUACACUUCGAAGAAAUAGAUGAUAUGGAGCUCAUCAAGCUCGUUGAGCUUAAUUCUUGCAUAUAUAAUAAAAAAAUGCGAGAGUUCAAGACUGUGGAUAAAAAAGAAGUAUGGGCUCAAAUAGGUGCCGCUCUAACCAACAAAAAAACGGGUGAUCAAGCUCAAAAACGAUGGGACAGUCUAAGGGCUAUGUGGUCACGUCAACAUAAAAAAUACUAUGAGCAAGGGCGAUCAGGAUCGGGUGCAAGCCAAGACACACAGGAAUUCCAGUAUUAUGGUGAAAUGUCAUUCCUUGUCCCACAUUAUAGUUCACGGCAAACCAAAUCAAACAUGAAGCGGCCUGCAUCAUGUAUUUCUAAUGAUGAAUCAAGUGGAUCUCAGUUCGUUAUUAACAAACCGUCACCUAUAAUCAUGGACAGUUCAUGUAUAGGUAUUCAAGGCACUGCAGACGUUGAUACUGCACAAUCUGAUACGUACACGUAUGAGAGCAUAUCUUUGAGCAGUGAUGACAGUCUGCUGUCAAUAUCACAACAAUCAUCAUAUGACAAGAAUGAGAUGCAUAAUUUUCAUAUAGAAGAUCGUGUCCCUUUCUCCCCUAUGGCACAUGCAGUAUUGAAUAAAGUUUCAUCAAAACAGGCACAAUGUAACAAAACUGAAAAAUACACAAAGGAAAAAUACAAGCAAAAGGAGAACAGUAAUGUAAAAAUACCAGAACCAGAUGAAUUUUAUAAGAAAAAAAACGUAGAUAUGGAUAAUUAUAUGCGUUCAGGUGUACAGUCACUUCAGAAAGUAGCACAAAGUGUUGAACACAUAAUCUCACAAAAACCUGAACAGAAAGUACAUAUUUCUGAUAGCGAUAAUGUUGAUAAAGACAUAAAUGAUAUGUUAAAGUGUGCAUAUGUUGGUCUAAAACAAGUUAAAUCCGAUAUGAGAUUUAAUUGUGUACUUGAUAUAUUGAAAGUAAUUAACAAAUAUAAAGAGCAAGAAGAAAUAUAGAAUAAUAAUUAGAAAAAUUAUUAUUCUGUAAUUAUUGCCAAUUACAACUUCAUUACGAUAUCUGAAAAUAUCCGUCCGUUUUGUUUCUUUUAUUUAAUUGUUUUUUGAAAUAUAUAUUUCUGUUAAAUAGUAUUACGAUAAAAACUAUCAUAUAAAAGUUUUAUUUACAUAUACGUACUUUUCAAUACUAAUUGUGUUAUUAUUAAUGUAAUUUGCAUUUGUA